CCGCUUAUUUAGGUAUAUUGUUGUUUAUUUUAUUCGGCGCUAUGCUCCGACACGGGCCGAGCCUUUCGACUCAGUUUUAACGCGCACGUUUUAUGAAACGACAACUAUGCGUCGAUGUUCGCUCGCCGGCGAUAAUAAUUAUUCAUAUCGGAACCGUCUCUAGCGACCGAAAUAGCGACGCGGUAAACAAAUUCGCGAUUUUAUUGCCCGGCCCUCAUUGUAACAAGGUGUUUUUUUUCUUCGAUAUUUACAUUUUAUUUAUUUUUUUCAUAACCUAUUCGCACGCUCGCCGGUGGUUCGGUUGUCUCCGCGAAUCUUAAUGGUAGUUAAUCAUAGUUUAUUUUUACCGCGCAACGUGUGUUAAUAAGUGGGGCCACUUGUCGUCGUUUCUUUUAUUUCGCCAUAGUGUUUGAUUAAAACUCUGCAAUUGAAUUGCGGAAGCAAUUUCGGCCGUGAAAAUAAUGUUCGCGAAUUUGUAACGCGGUGAAGAAGACAGUAAGCAUGAAGACUCAAUAAUAAUGAUUACUAUUUCAAUUUUGAUGAACAACUCCGAUGAGUAAUGAUAAAGAUAAUGAUCGAGUAGAAGUCCUGUUUUGACAGUUUUACAUUUAAAUGUGUUCGGCGCGCUUUUGGAAGUUUUGUUAAUUUGAAGUAAGUUUUGGCGGGAACGCGAAGUGCUAAGAAGUAGGCUGCACAGAAAGUUUGGAAAAGUGUUAAGUACACAUCGGAUGCUGGCGAGUGUUUUUUCAACGCGUUUUCGAGGCUAAGCGCUAGUUGUUUGAACAAGUGUGUUUUCUAAUGGAUUUAUUUUGAGAUUGUAUUCAAAACAUCGAGGCUGGCCUGCGUCAGUCUGUUCGAGAGUACUGAAGUGGCGUGCCGCAGGGCAUCGCGCUAGGUCCAAUAUACUUUUAUUGUUUUAUGAAGUGAAGUGAUCUGGGAUCAGUGUUUUCUGGAUGUGUCUCCAAAGGGAUGAAGACUAUGGUGACAACUUAGAUGAAGCGACACCAAUGGUGCAACUACCUCCAGUGGGUCCGGAGUCGGCACUGAAUUCAAACCCGGGUGGCGCCGCGAAGCCGCCGCUCAUUAACUCAUUCGAGCUGGACCGGUGUUUGGACCGGGAGGAGUCCGGCAGGUGGGGCGGCGAGGCGGCGCGGCGACGCCGGCGCAGCUCGCCCCCGCGCCGCGCCUCGCCCCCCCGCGAUCAUGAGCCUCUCGCACUUGCACGGGCUUCAGCACCAACAUCCCCGCAAGGGUCAGCGCACUCGAGCCCGGCGCCCGUGUCGCCUGCAGGGAGCGCGGGCGCAGCCGGCGGGGCCCGCUCGCCACUGCCCAUGGUGGCCCCAGACCUGUUGGCUAUGCAGCUGCUAGACCAGCAUAAACAGCUCCAGGCGUUGAUGAAGCAGCGCUUGUUCCAUCAGCAUCAUAUGCAGAAACAGGUACCAGAAGAAUUGAAAUAUGGAUUUUCGGAGGCUGCUAAGCGUCAGUUGGAGCAGUCGCGGCUGCAAGAACAGAUCAAUCUCAACAUCCUGUCACAAUCCCAUCUGCCGCCGCCAGACACUUCACCAGGUUCCCUGCAGCAACAGCUGGGAGCUCAGCAACAGCAGCUGGUGCAACAGUUGCAAGCGGUGCAACGCCAGUACCUGAUGCAUGGACCGCUGUCCGUGCCACCGAAUGCUCCACCAGGUUUGAUGCUAUGGGGCAGUGAGAUGGAGGAGCAUCCUCUGUUCGGGCGCGGCGUCUGCAAGUGGCCCGGCUGUGACGCCCUCGCUGAAGAUUAUCAGGCAUUCCUCAAGCACCUGGAAGCAGCUCACACACUAGACGACAGAUCAGCGGCACAAGCUCGGGUGCAGAUGCAAGUAGUGGCUCAGUUGGAGCUUCAGCUGCGGCGCGAGCGUGAUCGCCUCGCCGCCAUGAUGCGUCACCUGCAUGCUGCGAGGGACACUACGCAUCAUACGCCUAAGCAUCCGCAUGAUUUUUCAGGUGGUGCAUCUGAAGGAGCAUCUCCCGGGCCGGUUCGGCGCCGUGUCUCCGAUAAAUCUGGCGUCGCCAUUGCUGGAGGUCUUCCGUAUAUGCUCGAAAGAGCUGGAUUAGAUGUGCAACAAGAGAUCCAACGUAACCGGGAGUUUUACAAAUCAGCUGACGUGCGACCGCCAUUCACAUAUGCAUCGCUUAUUCGACAGGCUAUAAUAGAAUCUCCAGACAAGCAGCUGACCCUGAACGAGAUCUACAACUGGUUCCAGAGCACAUUCUGCUACUUCAGACGUAACGCAGCCACUUGGAAGAACGCUAUCCGGACCAACCUGUCACUGCACAAAUGUUUCGUGCGGUACGAGGAUGACUUCGGCUCUUUCUGGAUGGUGGACGACGCUGAAUUCGUGAAGAGACGGCACCUGAGUCGAGGCCGGCCGCGGAAGUAUGAGCCGGCAGCCGGCCCGCCCGGCCACAACCCGCCACAGUUCAUGGGAGCUCAGAGUCCUCCAAUGAUGACCAGUCCCCACGGGUAUAGCGAAGCCCUCAAAAGAAACCUGCAGGUAUGGUACAAUGGCAUGAUGGAAGAUUGUAACCUGUCAUACAUGUCUGGAGAAGACCAUAUGAUGCAGUCAGAGGACUAUCCAUCCUCACAUGAUGAUUACAGCCGGCCACCGUUGCUGAAUGGCUACGGCAGCAGCAGCUCGUCCCACGACGUAAAGGCCGAGGACUUGACCAGCGAGGCUCAGGAUGUCAAGCCUAACAUCUAUGCGCUCAAGAACGAGAUGCAGGCAUCUGAUUAUUCUAACAAAGCUCUCUUUCCUGUAGACUACUCGAACUCGAACAAGGAGUCAUCUAGCAACCGUUCUGGAGAGACCAGUCCUUACGACGACUACCCUCGCCCCGAGGACCGGUACCGUCCCUCGAUGUCCCACAUCAAGGACGAAGCUGAGAACUUGUCCCUCAACGAACAGAGAUCUGACAAAUAAGAUACCUUCUGCGUACAAGUGUCAAGAAGUUUCGCACACAAGUGUAAACGUGUAAAAGUGUUUGUGCAUAAGUGUAAAUUUACACUAAUUUACACUAACACUCCAGUGUCUGGCGUUUAUUAUCACAGUAUAUAAUACUAUAUUAAUUACGGGUGUAGAUCUAUUUCAAGUUAUUAGAAAUGGUGUUCUAGAAAGUGUAAUGUGUUCACUGUUGGAAGUUUUUAUAAUAAAAAAAAAUGGACGAUCUCGAAAUGAGGAAUUGUAAGUUAGAGUUAACCAAAUAUUUUUUUUCUUUUAUUUUUAAUUGACCCGGUUUUAACGGGGUUUUGAAGUAUUAUAGGUUUUACGUUUUUUUUUAUUUUAGUUUUCCCUUAGGUUUGGUAGCUGAGGUAGUUAUACUUGUUAGAAAUAUUUAUAGCGUGUAAGUGUUAGGAAGAUUUUAGAUGGAACGGAUUGCGCAAAUAAUCAUUGAAUUCAACGAUAAAUAACCUUAAAAGGUCCAUAUCAAUAUUUGAAUAAAAAAUAUUUAAUCAUUAUUUGUAAUAUACAAGUAAUAAGAACAAUAAGUAGUGACUAUUGGUAUGUUAAAGUAAGCUUAAAUAUACGCCAAGCGUUUCAGUUGUUUCAACAUUUUGUGCCCAGGAUACACGAAAGAUCUCAGAACAUUACAUUUAUUUCCAAAAAAUAAGAGAAAAUACAUAGUCCGCUUUAUUUUUUUUACAUAUUUUUUGUGAUUAUCGAUCUGAUGUAAAGAUAAAACAUGUAAUUUUAUUUUCUAUGGCGUGCCAUGAUUUUUAAUGGUACCAUUUUUUCUAUUACUUCAUUAAUUCCAAGGAAUUGUUUCUAGAGUAAGUUUAGAAUGUAAAUAUUUAUCAUGGAUUGUAAAAAUAUAAAUCUUUUUUGAAAAAAAAAGUAUGAUUAAAAAUGUAGACGAGUGUAAACUUUCACUUAACUAUUGCAUAUUAAAUCGUUCAUGUUGUAGAAAAAUUAGAAAAAAUAAUACUUAGUAGUAAAAAAUCACUGUAUUCUGAUAAUCGUUUUUGUUUUGUUUAAAACCUUUGGUUAUUCGUGCAUUUUUCGAUGUUGCAUUUACUAUAAAUAAUGUUAAGUGCGUAUUAAGUUGGAUUUUGUUACUUUUUCGAAAUUAUUCGGAGAAGGGUGAAAAUAACCAUAUCACACAUUAUAUGUAUACUUACUACGUAGAAACUGUAAAAUGAGUAUGUUAAAUGUAUAUUCGACUACGCAAUAACUUUGGGAUUAAAUAAAUGUAUACAUUAUAGCGAUGUAGGUGUGUCACAUUUUUACAUAAUAUACUUUGCAUGGAAAUGUUGCAAAUAUCCGUGGGCUGCGAUAAACUUUAUUCAGUUUAACUUAGAAAUAUAUUAAAGAGGUAUAUUGUUAGCAGUUUGUCAUCCGCCUAUAGCCUGAUUCCCGCCGUAUGUAUUCGAAAUUUGAAUUUUAUCGUGGCCUGACGUUCCUUCACACGCAUUCGUCACAAACCAUAGAUAUACAAUUUCUGAACACUGCAAACUUUGAAUAGGCCGACAGUUAGUUCGGACUUAUAAAUCAGUAUGGAAAUUAAUGGUAGUAUGCAUAUAACAAUGAUCAGGUAUUUGGUCGGUAAUAAUGACCGACUAGAAACUUUAGUUGAAGUCAGGAUUUUCUAAAAAAAAGUUUUUUUUUCAACCUGACCAACUGUCGGCCAACUAUCUGCAGUGUAUGGAUACUCUUAAUAUUGCUGACUGAUUUCCCUAAUUAAUCAUAUUUUCCCGUACCACAUGUACUUCUUGCGAACACGUGUGAACCAACCCUAACAGUUAAGUACAAUAGUUACGUAUCUCGUUGUAAAUCCACGCACGAAAAUAUUUGAAAAAAACUUUUUGGAAUUGAAGGAAAUUGUUUACUUGUAACAUUAUUUUUUAUAUUAUUAUUAUUUAGCAGCAAAAAAAAUAUGUUUUGUACUACACCGUUGUACGAAUUGUUUUAAUUUUAAUAUUAAUUUUCUUGUCAAAUUAUGUUCGAAAUGGAAGAGAUGGCUGCGGAUUCGUGCGGUGUAGUGUGAAUCGGCCUUUAUUUGCGUUCCGUUUUACGUAGAUGUUCAGCAAAGAGAGCUUUUGUUCAGUGGAGCUGAUGCUCGAGCCUACACGAAUACUUUUAUUGAAUAUUGUAAAUUAUACUUACUUAGUGUUGUAUUAAACGAAAUCAUUACAAUUA